AUGCAGGCAGAGAGCUGGAGAACGUUGAGUGCUGCUGCCCUGUGCACGAAAGCUGGUGGUCCAAAGAAGCCCAAGAAGAGCAGCUCAGGAAGUAAGUUUUGAUCAGCAUUUAAUUUGACAAAAAAAAUACCUCACAAUUAUUUAUAGUUUAUGAUACUUUAGCAGAUGUCAAUUCUGUGGGCGGCAGGUAGCUUAGUGGUUAAGAGCGUUGUGCCGGUAACCGAAAGGUCGCUGGUUCUAAUCCCGAGCCGACUAGGUGAAAAAUCUGUCGAUGUGCCCUUGAGCAAGGCACUUAACCCUACUUGCUCCUGUAAGUCGCUCUGGAUAAGAGCGUCUGCUAAAUGUAAACAUUUAAAUGUAAUGUAAAUGUUGAGCAUAGUGAGGGUGCUACAAAUAUCAAUACAAUUACACAUCAGAUCCAAAUUAUACUUACUUGGCCAUUUUCUUGUGUAUUUGACAAAGGGACUUAAAGUAGUUGGCACACAAUGACAAACUCAGAAAGAGUUGGCUGUGGACUAUCCACAGAUUUGAUUUAGCUGUAAUGCUAUUCAUCAAUUGAUCCAGGAGGAGAAGAGAGACCCAUUGACAGCAAGACUGAUAAAACGCCCCAAUGUGGCUCAUCUGAUUUGAAGACUUCACUAGAGAUAUGAACACCUCGUUUGUCCCGGAAUAUUUCUAUUAGUAGUGAGACUUUUUAUUUAUUUAUUUUUUAUAUAUAUUUUUUAUGAGAAGUUCCUUUUUGGGGAAACAUUUUCCAUGACCAAUCAAGAACAUUACAUCGCCAAUCAAGAUGGACAUGCACUGCCAUUAUGAAGAUGCACAGAAGAAAUACAUUUCAAAGGUCUUUCAGAUGCUGAAGAUAUUGUGUACAGUAGCCCUACAGUAUUUGAGCUGUGCUGUCAAUCACUGCUGAAACAGCACACUGAACUGACUGGCAGCAACUGCUGCUGCACGUUAUGCCUUUAGUCAAACCAUGACCUUUACUCUACUAAUACAGUGAGGGAAAAAAGUAUUUUAUCUCCUGCUGAUUUUGUACGUUUGCCCACUAACAAAGAAAUGAUCAGUCUAUAAUUUUAAUGGUAGGUUUAUUUGAACAGUGAGAUACAGAAUAACAACGAAAAAAUCCAGAAAAAAGCAUGUCAAAAAUGUUAUAAAUUGAUUUGCAUUUUAAUGAGGGAAAUACGUAUUUGACCCCCUCUCAAUCAGAAAGAUUUCUGGCUCCCAGGUGUCUUUUAUACAGGUAACGAGCUGAGAUUAGGAGCACACUCUUAAAGGGAGUGCUCCUAAUCUCAGUUUGUUACCUGUAUAAAAUACACCUGGGAGCCAGAAGCUAUCAAUCAAUCAGAUUCCAAACUCUCCACCAUGGCCAAGACCAAAGAGCUCUCCAAGGAUGUCAGGGACAGGAUUGUAGACCUACACAAGGCUGGAAUGGGCUACAAGACCAUCGCCAAGCAGCUUGGUGAGAAGGUGCCAACAGUUGGUGCGAUUAUUCGCAAAUGAAAGAAACACAAAAUAACUGUCAAUCUCCCUCGGCCUAGGGCUCCAUGCAAGAUCUCACCUCGUGGAGUUACAAUGAUCAUGAGAACGAUGAGGAAUCCGCCCAGAACUACACGGGAGGAUCUUGUCAAUGAUCUCAAGGCAGCUGGGACCAUAGUCACCAAGAAAACAAUUGGUAACUCACUACGCCGUGAAGAACUGAAAUCCUGCAGCGCCCGCAAGGUCCCCCUGCUCAAGAAAGCACAUAUACAUGCCCGUCUGAAGUUUGCCAAUGAACAUCUGAAUGAUUCAGAGGAGAACUGGGUGAAAGUGUUGUGGUCAGAUGAGACCAAAAUGGAGCUCUUUGGCAUCAACUCAACUCGCCGUGUUUGGAGGAGGAGGAAUGCUGCAUAUGACCCCAAGAACACCAUCCCCACCGUCAAACAUGGAGGUGGAAACAUUAUGCUUUGGGGGUGUUUUUCUGCUAAGGGGACAGGACAACUUCACCGAAUCAAAGGGACAAUGGACGGGGCCAUGUACCGCCAAAUCUUGGGUGAGAACCUCCUUCCCUUAGCCAGGGCAUUGAAAAUUAGUUGUGGAUGGGUAUUCCAGCAUGACAAUGACCCAAAACACACGGCCAAGGCAACAAAGGAGUGGCUCAAGAAGAAGCACAUUAAGGUCCUGGAGUGGCCUAGCCAGUCUCCAGACCUUAAUCCCAUAGAAAAUCUGUGGAGGGAGCUGAAGGUUCGAGUUGCCAAACGUCAGCCUCGAAACCUUAAUGACUUGGAGAAGAUCUGCAAAGAGGAGUGGGAUAAAAUCCCUCCUGAGAUGUGUGCAAACCUGGUGGCCAACUACAAGAAACGUCUGACCUCUGUGAUUGCCAACAAGGGUUUUGCCACCAAGUACUAAGUCAUGUUUUGCAGAGGGGUCAAAUACUUAUUUCCCUCACUAAAAUGCUAAUCAAUUUAUAACAUUUUCGACAUGCAUUUUUCUGGAUUUUGUUGUUGUUAUUCUGUCUCUCACUGUUCAUGCUGAAGCAUCCUGGAGGCCUGUAUUUGCAGCCAAAAGGCUGAGGAAUCUACAAUUCUGAAUCCUCUAGAAGGAUUUUAUUUCUGCAGGCCGCUUGUACCACAAUUUGAGCAAAUGUCUCAGCUAGUUCCACAAAUUGUUUCUAUAUUAAGUGAUGGUGAAAAAUGCAAAUUAAUUUGAUGUUUUCCUACCCCGGGUAUCAACAUAAAAUGAAUUUUUUUUCACAGCUUUCACUAAUAUAAUCAGAUAUUUUUCAAACAAUAGUAUCCUCUUAUAUAAGUUGAAUUUUUUCUCGUACUCGAUAACAAGAAUUGUCAAUGAAAGAUAGUUUUGGCUAGCUGGGGAAGUUUAUCUUGGCACUUAAUUAUGAAACUAUACUUUGAUUUAAAAUGUCAUGUUUUUACUAUGUCCCUCCAUUAACAGUACUGUUACACUUUUUGUGGCCCUUCUUGAAAUGUUACACUUUGUACCCUUUCUAGUCCAGUCUCCAUACAGUGGGGGGGAAAAAAGUAUUUAGUCAGCCACCAAUUUAGUCAGCCACGAUUUUUUUUCUCUCAUUUUGUCUGUCAUAGUUGACGUGUACCUAUGAUGAAAAUUACAGGCCUCUCUCUUCUUUUUAAGUGGGAGAACUUGCACAAUUGGUGGCUGACUAAAUACAUUUUUCCCCACUGUAUGUGUCUUGCAAAGGGAUAUUCUUGAAUACUCUCUGGGGGUAGCCAUGUUCCGCUGGGUAAGUUUCGUCCACAUUUUUAAGGCAAAGUGGGGGCAUGUUGGCGUACAAUCCUUUUAGACUACUUAGAGAAUAUAAAUACAUCUGGUUUGUUCCCCCCCCCCCCCCCGUCCUUUAGAGAAGCUUGUCCCACACAGAAAAUAUGUGGAGUUUCCCAAGAAAGAAGUGACACCAGCGGCCGCUGCUGCAGCAGAAGUUGGCGCCGCCCCCAAGCCUGUUGUUGAAGACACUGCAGCAGAGUCGAUUGUUGCCGCAGCUGACGCUGUACCAUCCCCCGCUGCAGCCGAAGCUGCUCCUGUCGUCCAAGCAGCCGAAGCCGCUCCUGUUGUUGAAGCAGCUUCCCCUGCUGCAGCCGAAGCUGCUCCUGUCGUUGAAGCUUCAUCAGCAGCCGACGCUCGUAUUGAAGCCGUCCCAGAUGUUGCUGCUGCCCCUGCAGAAGCUGUUGCUGAAGCUGCCUCAGUUGAAGCUGCCUCAGUUGAAGCUGCUGCAGAAGCUGUUGCUGAAGCUGCCUCAGUUGAAGCUGCUGCAGAAGUUGUGGCUGAAUCUGCAGCCAUUGAAGGUGCAGCUGAAGCCCUCGUUGAAGUUGUAGCAGAGGUUGUGGCUGAAGCUGCCCAAGUUGAAGCUGCAGCAGAGGAGCUGAUUGCAGAGGCCCCGGCUGAGGCAGAACGGAUUGCGGCGUCUGAGGGUAUACCCCCUUCUUUCCUCUAUGGACCCUACAGUUUACCAACAGUCAUAUUUUAAUUCCCAUGUGAAUAUAUUAUAACUAUAAGGAUAACUUGUAAAGAUACCUAAUAUCACAAAAGCACUUUUCGUUCUUGCUUUGCGCAGCUUAUUGGCUUGUCUUUUUCAGUGGGCUUAUUUACCACAUAAUGUAUUUGCUAUUUAUCCCUCAAAGAACUACCACAUGUCUACAUCAUUGCAGCCAUGUGGACUCAAGCCACAGCCACACCCCCUCUUCCCCCAACCCGGUCCUUCUGGGAUUCUAUGCAUUAACCUGUAACCAUACUGCUUUGACCAUCCAACACCCGAUGCAUGUCUCCACUGCAUACUCAUCAGCACGGCUUCAUCAUUUCCUCUCUGGUUCAUCUGUGAUGGUCAGCACUGAUCUUCUUGGCUCAGUAUCUUUUAUUUUGCCAUGUUUUUCCAGCACUUAACUAAUUCUGAACUGCACUCAUCCUGCUGCAAGUUUGUUUCUCGACAUCGUUCUAUGUUUUCCUUCUGUCACUUGAUCAUUGUGAAUUCUGUUCUUAUUUGCGCAACUCCUCUUUCAUAUCCUCCUCUAUUCCCUUCACUGAAUAUUGUUACGACGCCCUCAAUUUAACGUUUUUUUAUUUUUAUAAUUUCAACUAUUGUCCGGUUUGUUUUACGUUACAUGUGGUCCUCUGUAGCUCAGCUGGUAGAGCACGGCGCUUGUAACGCCAAGGUAGUGGGUUCGAUCCCCGGGACCACCCAUACACAAAAAUGUAUGCACGCAUGACUGUAAGUCGCUUUGGAUAAAAGCGUCUGCUAAAUGGCAUAUUAUUAUUAUUAUUAUUAUAAUUUGUACGGUUAAUGCGUACUGUCAAAGGUAAUGUUGAGGUCAUACUAAGCAGCGUUUUGGCUAGUCUGGUGUCUCUGGGCAGCUACUAAGGGAUGACAUUGUGAAAUGGGGUGUGAUAUUAGGAUUCUGUUUCCUACUCUCCCCCUCAACUUCUCUCACACUUGUGUUUUCCCUGAGUCGCAUGAUAUCAGUAAUCUGUCAUUGAUCCCCUCACUUCUGUAUUUGAUUGGUGCUGUAUAUCAUAUGACUUUGGAAAUGUCAACUUUCCUUCCCCUUGGUGGUCAAUGCACUGAGUUUGAAACUGCACCUUGGUUGCUGGGUGUGGAAUCAAACAUGAGUGGGGAAAGAAGUUGUUACAUUUUACUGUUAAAUGUACAUUCAUUGGUUAUAUACGCAGGGAUUUAAAUUGGACAUCUCAAAUAUAGAACCCAUUGUCUGCCAAGUGAUGCUAUGAACUUCACAGAUGUGAUGCAUAGCAUUCCCCUUCACGGCAACUUAUAACCUGUUACCUGACCUUUUCUAACAUUAAUCUUUCCUCUCUUACCCUUGUAGAUGCUAUACAUUGUCUACCACUCCUAGGUGCUGUUUUUGUGCAUGAGGGUCUUGGUCACAGACGUGAUUCGUUUUUAUCAUGUGGUUCAAGCCAAAAGGGCAUAGCCUGCUUGCCGUCUCUGUUCAGUUAUUGCGUUCCACUCCUUGCCAGUCCUGUCAUUUUCCAAAGAGACUAGCUUUUCACAAUCUUCAAAUAUGAACAUUCUAUCAUUAAUGAGCUAUAAAGAUCAUAGGAUUUGAUCAUGAUUUCGAUAAACCUCAUAGCUAUCAUCCAAUCACAAUGUUUAUGCAAAUUAGACUGAUAGGAAAACUAUUUAACUUAAUGACGACAGGUGCCAGUUUUUCAUUUCUUUCUUCUCAGAAAACAUAGUUCGAUUUAAUCUUGUAGGCUAAUAUUUUCCGUAUCAUUAUUUCUCUCACUACGGAGUCCUCACUAGCCACUUAUAAUUCUAUGUUGCGCCAAAUUUGGGCGCACUCCAUGUUCCAUAACUUUGUAAUGGCAAAUAUGUAUAUAUUUUUCCAACUACCAAUCAGGAACUGCGCUGCAAAUCUGGCUGCAUUUUGAACGUUCGGUUGGCCAAAGGCCAGUCUCUUUGGCCAAUGACAGGAGUGGCAAGUUACCUAACCAGACUGGUACCCAGACUAAAAAGGGGAACUGCUGUAAAUGAAUAUAAAAUAAUUGUUGUUUUAUUUCCUUGAACUAUCAGGUCAACUGGACCCAAUCCAGAAGUUCUUCCUAGAUUCGAUCCGUGAGUACUCCUCAAAGAGCGUGUAAGUUACACAGCUGUUUUUGGCUAGCUCUUCUGUCUUGCUCACGAUCAUCCCCUUUGUCAUCAAGCUGACAUUUUUACCUUAUUUUUCUCAGGGCCAGUGGUGGUUUGGUAGAUGCAGACCCUGCAUAUGAGAAGAACUUGGCAGAGGAGCUGACUAAACUCCAGCGACUGUAUGGUGGUGGAGACCUCGUAGCUUUCCCAGAGUUCAAGUUCACAGGUUAGUAGUUUUAUAAAGGAGGCCAUGAGCCUUUUUUGAAAUGCUUUUAGCUUCUUCUAGGACCAGGAAUAUAAUGCAUGCAUAUUCUCAUCGCACACCUUUUUUCUCUCCCUGUGCAGAGCCCAAGCUGGAGGAAGUGGCCCCCCAAGUAAACAUCACCAGUUAA